CAGGGUUAACCGAUUCUUUGAAGGACUGAGAAGAGCGUUCGGUGGAAAAUAUUUGAAUUUCUAAGUCAGUUUCAAGUUGGUAUAAAACAUCGGGCGAAAUUUCAAAUCAGCAUCAGUUGCGGACUCCAAGUUUGAUCAAACAGUUCCAGUUCAGUGAAAACAAUCGGUGAAACAAACAUCAAAAUGAAGUUCUUAGCUAUGACUCUCUGCAUCAUCGUGCUGGCCUUUGCUCUGGUUUCGGCCGUUCCAGCCACCAACGACGAAAGCAUCGUGGGUUCGUUUGGAGCCGGUGCCGACGACGCCGUCAACCCGCAGGAUCCCCAGCAGAUCUUCCUGCACUUCAAGAAGAAGUGGCUGCUCAAGAAACUGCUCCACUUCGGUUAAGCCGGUUUAGGAUUAUUUCUGUACAAGCAAACGAUAGUCAAAUAGUCAAAACUAUCCAACCUAAGAACGUACAAAAGUAAGCAUCUUUACGAGCUACCUGCAAUUAGUUGUAAUUAGAGUAAUUUUCUGAUCAGUGCCAUGACUUAAAAACACAAUAGUUUAAAUAAUAUAUAACA